CAUCAUUUCUUUUAAACGAAGCAAUAAAGAUAGAAAGCCAUAAAAGCUGUGAGGGUGUCCCUUUCCAAAGGUGUAAAGGAUUGGAUUACUCUUCCCUAGAGAUGAGAUGUAAAUUGUAAUGUAACCGUAGCCAAGGGUUCUAACAUCUAACAUCUAACAUCUAACUAGCAAGUAAAAAAUAAAAAAUAAAAAAUAAAAAAGAGAGGGUGAAAUUUGAAAGAUUGAAUGAAUGAGUUUUGGAUGGGUUGGUGGUGGUGUCAUCAUGUAUGUAUGUCUAUGUAGUAUGUAGUACAAGAACAGCAGUGAUACUGAUGAGAGCACAGCAGAGAGAAAUUAAAUUAAAUGAGAUGCUAUGCUAUGCUAUGCUAAACACUUAACAUUCAUUCUCACUUCUGAAUUCUGACCCAAACACUGCCUCUUAUCAGUUAUCCGGUUAUCCCUCAUCCGCGUUUGGCAUGGAACGUCGAAAAUUGAAUGGCAGGGAAUAGCAACCGCUGUCCAGGAGGAAAAGCGUCUUGUAAAAAUCGUGAUAAUAAACAAAAGCAAACAGCGCCUGAGUCUGGAUCCCCAAAGGAAGAACCAACUCCAGGAGGAGCAGGAGCAACGGCAACGGCAACAGCAACGGAAACGGGGUUUCUCGGCUUCGGUGGAGCAUGCGGGUGGAACGACGUCGUCCAGGCAGGGCAUGGUGAGAGGGGAGAUAGUGGAGGUUGAAGGGGGUCACAUUGUGCGGUCCACAGGGCGGAAGGACCGUCACAGCAAGGUAUGCACCGCCAAAGGGCCCAGAGACCGACGGGUCAGGCUUUCGGCCCACACCGCUAUUCAAUUCUACGACGUCCAGGACCGCCUCGGCUACGACCGCCCCAGUAAGGCCGUCGACUGGCUCAUCAAUAAAGCCAAGUCCGCCAUCGACCAACUCGCGCACCUCCCUCCUUGGAAACCCACGCUCCCAACGCACCUUAAUAACACCCCGCAAAACGACGACGAAUCGGAGAAACACAGCCACAGCCACAACCAAAACCCUAACCCCAACCAAAACCCCGAUGUGGGGAUUCUCAACCACUUCAACGAGAACGACAACCAAGAGAACCAGAACGUUCACCAGGAUGGGGGAGGUUCAGGUUCGGGGUUUCUUCCGUUGGAUAACGAGGCGAUUAGGUCGUUCUUCCCCACGACGACGUCGUCGUUGAUUCAGUUCCAUAACUACCCGCCGGAUUUGCUUUCGAGGACGAGCAGCCAGGACCUGAGACUCUCGCUACAGUCGCUGCAGGACCCGAUUAUGCUGCACCAGAGCAACAACGAGCACGUGCUAUUCGCAGGGUUUGAUAACAUGGUAGCGUGGAAUAAUGCUGCUAAUGAUACGGGUGGUGGUGGAGGUGGAGGAGGAGGAGGAGGGUUUGUGUUUAACGCUCCUUCGCCUUUGCAAGGGCCGGCCACGGUGGCGUCGCCGGCGGUGGUGUUUGGCCAGAGCCACAGCCACGGCCACGGCCACGGCCACGGCCAGUAUCUUUCUCAGAGGGGACCCCUUCAGUCCAGUAACAGCCCUUCCGUUCGUGCGUGGAUUGACGCGCCGUCGUUUGUGGCCGCAGAUUAUCAUCAUCAUCAUCGACAUCACUAUCUGUCGCCUGCGGCGGCGGCGGCGGCGUUGGUGUAUCAGUCUUCUCCUUCUUCGGCAUUUGCGCCGCCCGGUGGCUUCUCGGGUUUCCGCGUGCCGGCACGAAUUCAGGGCGAGGAGGAGCACGACGGCGUGUCGGAUAAGCUGUCCUCUGCUUCCUCCGAUUCUCGCCGUUGAACCGCUGCAGCCUCGCUGAUUUCGGUCUCCUUCGGUGUGUGAUGGGUUUCUGCAGGGAGGAGAUGGAUUUCGACCCGGAAUGGUUCGGUUCAGUGGAGUAUGCUUCUGGGAGGAAGAAAAUCUGGGAGUUGAAUUUCCAGGUUUUUUUAAUUCUCCAGAUUGUUAUGUUAAAUUAUUUAUGUUUUUCAUGUUUGAUUACGGAGACUUUUGUUUAAUUCUGUGUUGGAUUGUCAUGUUUGAUGUUUGUUGCAAUUUGUAGUCGCUGGAUUUGUACUUGGAUUUAUGUGGCUUUUUAGUUUUGGUCUGAGAACAUGCACGUAGAUAUCACUGCCUAGUUUGAUA